GGGGAGUGAGGAAGAGAGGGAUGGAGACGGAGCCAUCCCAUUGGUCGACUCUUACAACAUCAAGCGUGAUGGAAAUAUUCCCUGGCAGUCUGAGAAGUAGGAGGACUGGAGAGAUUCAGGUUGAGAUUUGUUGUUUUUGAAAACAUAAACAUAAAGACAGCAGAGUUUGGUCAAGAAGGAAGGGGGGAAAAGUACAGCAGCAUUACAGGGAAAGCGACGAUAGAAGAGUGGGGAUUAACAACCUGUGACUUUUGCGAGCUGCGGAGUUGGGUUUGUUUAGAAACAGGGAAUAUUACAGAUCAUGGUGAGGGGGGAUCGGCAGGUUAACGGUGGAAUUGGACAAAUCUGAGCGAUGCGCCUGAGAGACAGAUGUAGAGCAGAGAAUUCUGACAUGGUGUGGAGCAGCAGCACUGACAUAAACCAGGGAAGUGUGGAGAGCCCAGAGACAGACAGCUCUCCGACCAGACACAGGUAUUCUCUGCUCGCUGUUGAGAUCGGCGCUCACUCUGAUCGACGCUAAUCGAAACUGUCAUCGAUGACCUACUGCGAUAUUUGAGCGUUACUGCGUCCUUACACGAGCGAUAUUGACAUUGGGAUGGACAGUCGUGCGAACCGUAACCACAGCACUUGCUGCCUCACUUCAUUUGACAGUGAAUUCAGAUUAACGCGGAGGAAAAGUAUUUCUUUAGGUUUUUUUGUCGCGUUGUAAUAAUUUUUUUUUUUAACACCAAAUAUUAUUAUAUAAACAAAAGCCAAUAACGCGCUGGUCGUCUUUGUUUACACACGCGUUGACUCGGAUGUAAAACAUGUGCGUCAUUAAGAGUGUUGAGCGGUGAGGAGCAACAGAUGAAGUGAAGCCAUAUGAGAGAAAAAAAAAACUACAGACCGGUUUCAAGCCAUAUCCAUGUCAUAUUAACAAUUCUGCUCGUUUCUGCUGAAAGCACGUCCGUCAAGACAGCGAUAGAAUUCGCGUUACGGUGCAAAAAUACGCUCGUGUAGGCUUAGAGUAUUUUAAAGCGAGUGGGAGGAUACAGACAUUUGCUGUGUUUACGUGUUUGUGAACAGACGUUUGAGGAAUUAGUCAAUAUAUUAGCCAGGCCUUAGGGAUAUCAUUUAAAGGGAUCUUCAACAGUAGGGUCUGUGACUCUCACGAGGUUCCCGAGAGCACUGUAGUUAGGUCGAUAAAAAAUUUUUGGUCGAUAAAAGUUUUUAAGAUUUUCUCUAUUUUUUUUUUGUUAGCCAACCUACUCGCUGUACGUCGCACAUGUUUAAAUGUGAACAUUCCAGUGUAAAUUUAAAAUAAACUCCAUACAUUUCUGGACUGCGUAUUAUUUAAAUAGCUCGGUUUCAUAAGAUAACAAGUUAUAUUUAUACAUACACAAGAGUAAUUUACUACGCAAAACAAUAUUUUAUAAAAUAUAAGGUCCUGAGCCAAUCUCGCAGGGGGGGGGGGUUGAAAGUACAGUGUUGUUUGAUAAAAAAAAAAAAAAAUUGACCAGUCCAACUGAAAUCAGAGUGAAACCGACAACUUAAGACUUCAGCGAGGAAAGAGAUCAGAGGUUCAGAGAGAACCAGAGGGCAGGGAGAGGAAGGUGUCCAUAUUUUUCUUCCCUUUUGUUCGAACAUCUUCAUCACCAGGCUGGCAGGUUCGGCCAUGGCGUUCACCUUUGCGGCCUUUUGCUACAUGCUCACCUUGGUGCUGUGUGCCGCUCUCAUCUUUUUUGUCAUUUGGCAGAUCAUUGCAUUUGAUGAGCUUCGCACAGACUUCAAGAAUCCAAUUGAUCAGAGCAAUCCCACCAGGGCGAGGGAAAGGAUCCUUAACAUUGAAAGAAUCUGCAAUCUACUCCGCAGAUUGGUCGUUCCAGAAUAUUCCAUCCACGGAUUAUUCUGCCUGAUGUUCAUGUGUGCUGGAGAGUGGGUCACCCUCGGUCUGAAUAUCCCACUGCUCUUCUAUCACCUGUGGAGGUUUUUUCACAGACCACGCGACGGGUCAGAGGUCAUGUACGAUCCUGUCAGCGUGAUGAACGCUGACAUUCUCAACUACUGUCAGAAGGAGUCCUGGUGUAAGCUGGGCUUCUACCUGAUCUCCUUCUUUUAUUAUCUCUACAGUAUGGUCUACGCUUUGGUGAGCUUCUAACACAACGCAGCCUCGGAAGAAGAGAAAAAAAGAAAUUCAACAGAAAGCCGGACUAAUGACUGGAAAUACUAACUCUUCCUCUCUCUGUUUAACUUCACAUCACUGACUGGGGGUUUUAACAGUUCGAAAACAACAAAACAAAAACAAAAAAAAAAGGACCUAACAAGAGCAAUCUGAGUGAUGAUGUGAAUGUAGAC